AUGAAGCAGGACAAGCUGGCUGACCGUCUGCAGAGCAGAAGUUCUGCUGGAGUUUGUAAACGUAAACUCAAGACUAACCUAAACAAGAAGUUCCAGUGUGUGUUUGAGGGGAUUGCUAAAGCAGGAAACCAAACCCGUCUGAAUCAGAUGUUCACAGAGAUCUACAUCAUGGAGGGAGGGACUGCAGAGGUCAAUGAUGAACAUGAGGUCAGACAGAUUGAAACAGCUUCCAGAAAACCAGACAGACCAGAAACAACAAUCAGAAGAGAAGACAUCUUUAAAGACCCACCUGGAAGAGAUGAACCAAUCAGAACAGUGAUGACUAAGGGAGUGGCUGGCAUCGGGAAAACAGUCUUAACACAGAAGUUCACCCUGGACUGGGCUGAGGGCAAAGCCAACCAGGACAUCCAGUUCAUAUUUCCUUUCACUUUCAGAGAGCUGAAUGUGCUGAAAGAGAAAAAGUACAGCUUGGUGGAACUUGUUGAUCACUUCUUCAGUGAAACCAAAGAAGCAGGAAUCUGCAGGUUUGAAGAGUUCCAGGUUGUCUUUAUCUUUGAUGGUCUGGAUGAGUGUCGACUUCCUCUGGACUUCCUCAACACUGAGAUCCUGACUGAUGUUACAGAGUCCACCUCAGUGGAUGUGCUGCUGACAAACCUCAUCAGGGGGAAACUGCUUCCCUCUGCUCGCCUCUGGAUAACCACACGACCUGCAGCAGCCAAUCAGAUCCCUGCUGAGUGUGUUGACAUGGUGACAGAGGUCAGAGGAUUCACUGACCAACAAAAGGAGGAGUACUUCAGGAAGCGAUCCAAUGACAAGAAGCAGGAAAGCAGAAUCAUCUACCACAUCAAGACAUCACGAAGCCUCCACAUCAUGUGCCACAUCCCAGUCUUCUGCUGGAUCACUGCUACAGUUCUGGAGGACGUGUUGAAGACCAGAGAGGGAGGAGAGCUGCCCAAGACCCUGACUGAGAUGUACAUCCACUUCCUGGUGGUUCAGUCCAAACUGAAGAACAUAAAAUAUGGUGGAGGAGCUGGGACCGAUUCAAACUGGAAUGAAGAGACAAAGAAGAUGAUUGAGUCUCUGGGAAAACUGGCUUUUGAGCAUCUGCAGAAAGGCAACUUGAUCUUCUAUGAGUCAGACCUCACAGAGUGUGGCAUCGAUAUCAGAUCAGCCUCAGUGUACUCAGGAGUGUUCACACAGAUCUUUAAAGAGGAGAGUGGACUGUACCAGGAAAAGGUGUUCUGCUUCAUCCAUCUGAGUGUUCAGGAGUUUCUGGCUGCUCUUCAUGUCCAUCUGACAUUCAUCAACUCUGGAGUCAACCUGCUGUCAGAAGAACAAACAACAUCACGGUGCUCUGAAGUGUUCAGAGACAAAUCAACACGUUUCUACCAGAGUGCUGUGGACAAGGCCUUACAGAGUCCAAAUGGACACCUGGACUUGUUCCUCCGCUUCCUCCUGGGUCUUUCUCUGCAGACCAAUCAGAAUCUCCUACGAGGCCUGAUGACACAGACAGGAAGUAGCUCAGAGACCAAUCAGGAGACAGUUGAGUACAUCAAGACAAAGAUCAGUGGGAAUCUGUCUGCAGAGAGAAGCAUCAAUCUGUUCCACUGUCUGAAUGAACUGAAUGAUCAUUCUCUAGUGGAGGAGAUCCAACAGGCCCUGAGAUCAGGAAGUCUCUCCAGAGAUAAACUGUCUCCUGCUCAGUGGUCAGCUCUGGUCUUCAUCUUACUGUCAUCAGAAGAAGAUCUGGAGGUGUUUGACCUGAAGAAAUACUCCGCUUCAGAUGAGGCUCUUCUGAGGCUGCUGCCAGUGAUCAAAGCCUCCAACAAAGCUCUACUGAGUGGCUGUAACCUGUCAGAGAGAAGCUGUGAAGCUCUGUCCUCAGUUCUCAGCUCCCAGUCCUCUAGUCUGAGAGAGCUGGACCUGAGUAACAACAAUCUGCAGGAUUCAGGAGUGAAGCUGAUCUCUGUUGGACUGAAGAGUCCACACUGCAGACUGGAGACUCUCAGUCUGUCAGGCUGUCUGAUCUCAGAGGAAGGCAGUUCUUCUCUGGUCUCAGCUCUGAGCUCCAACCCCUCCCAUCUGAGAGAGCUGGACCUGAGCUACAAUCAUCCAGGAGACUCAGUGAAGCUACUGUCAGCAGGACUGAAGGAUCCAAGCUGGAGACUGAACAAUCUCAGGGUGGAGCCUGCUGGAGUCAGAUAUUUGACACCAGGUCUGAGGAAGUAUUCCUGUGAACUCACACUGGACACAAACACAGUGAACAGAAAACUCAAACUGUCUGACAACAACAGGAAGGUGACAUUAGUGGAGGAGGAUCAGCCAUAUCCUGAUCAUCCAGAGAGGUUUGACCCCUGGUAUCAGCUGCUGUGUAGAGAUGGUCUGACUGGUCGCUGUUACUGGGAGGUUGAGAGGAGAGGAGAGGUUGAUAUAUCAGUGAGUUACAGAGGAAUCAGGAGGAGAGGAUACAAUAGAGACUGUGUGUUUGGAUGUAAUGAUCAGUCCUGGUGUCUGAACUGCUCUGAUGAUGGUUACUCUGUCUGGCACAAUAACAUCAGAACAUCCAUCUCCUCCUCUGUCUCUAACAGAGUAGCAGUGUAUGUGGACUGUCCUGCUGGCUCUCUGUCCUUCUACUCAGUCUCCUCUGACUCACUGAUCCUCCUCCACACCUUCAACACCACAUUCACUCAGCCUCUCUAUCCUGGGUUUGGGGUCUGGCCUGGUUCCUCAGUGUCUCUGAGUCCUCUGGAGGACGGAGAGUCUCCUCCUGUUUCUCACUGCUGAUCAGUUGAGUCUGUACAGGAUCACACUUGCAGAAAUAUUUCAGCUUAUUGUUAUGAACUAAUGAAUGAACUUUGUAUAAAAUAAUUCAGAAUGAUUGAACAGAUUCCUCGUGAACAUUGUAAACCUCUUCCACUUCCAGUCCUUUAAAGAUGGAAGCUGUGAUCAUGAAAUUGUAGAAAU